AUAUAAUCCAUUUCAACUUGACGAAGUAAUAAAUUUCAUAUCAGUUAAUGAUUUUGAAGCAGUCGAUCGUUAGACACUGUUAGUACUGGUCAAGUGACAUUCAAGUGAAUUUUAGUUUUCUUUUAACAAGUAAAGAAUAUAUUGAGUAAAUAUGCCAGAGCCACCGUUUGUAUUGGAAACCGGCCCAAUGUCAGCCGAAACAAGAAAAAUCGCUGAAUCGGAAUUAAAUGAAACUCCGGAACGAGUUGAAGAAAGUGUUGCCGAGUUGCGUCGACUCUUACAUGAAAACACCGAUUUAUACUACCAAGAUGACGAGGAAACGCUUAAAAUAUUUUUACGUCCAUGCCAUUUCUACCCAGAAAGUGCUAUCAAAUUGAUGCGCCGAAUAGCUGAAUUUAAACGUGAUUAUGCAGACAUACUAAAAAAUUUAAUGCCUGAAGAUGAAAAAUCUGCCUUUGUCGAUAAUGAUGUGAUCAAUGUUUUGACGAAUUUUGAUCAAGACGGUCGCCGAGUUUUAGUUGUUCAUUGUGGUAAAAUUUGGGAUCCAAAGAAAGUGACAUCGGACCAACUAUUCAGAUUGUUCUACUUGAUUCACGUUGCCGCUCUCGUUGAACAAAACACCCAAGUGCGUGGCGUUGUUGUUAUCAUGGAUUUCGAUGGAUUGGGAAUGUCACAAGUCCGAGCCUUGACUCCAGCAUGGAGCAAACGUUUACUCACAUUCAUCCAAGACGCAAUGCCUCUUCGCUUGAAAGAGGUGCAUAUGGUUAAUCAGCCUUUCGUUUUCAAUAUGGUCUGGGCACUUUUCAAGCCAUUCGUCAAAGAAAAACUAUCGAAAAGAAUGUUCUUCCAUGGAAGCAACCGUAAAUCAUUGAUGAAACACAUUAAUGGAGCUAAUCUUCCGGCCAAUUAUGGUGGCGAUUUGCCUGCGAUCAAUUACUCAGCCAAAGAUUGGUAUCCUUGCAUCUCUGAUCACCUUGAGUUCGUGGCCAAAUACAAUUCCUACGGUUUUGCCAGCUCAGAUUAAACAAUGUAAAACGUAUGAGUCUAGCCCUAUUUUUUUGAGAAGCGCCAAUUAUUUUUCAGUCCAUCUUCAGUCUAAAGAAUACUUUUUUCUCACAUUCAUUUUUAUGUAUCAGAAAUCAUCAGAAUAUGUAAAUGAAAAGAUGGUAUUCUUUGAUUGAGUAUAAUUUUAGUUUGUCUCAUUUUACAUUUAUUUAAUUCCAAUGCAAAUGAUAAAAACGUACACACAAAUAAGUCUGAAUAAGAAAUGUUGGAGUUAACAGCUCAUACCACUUUAGGUACCAUUUUAUUUAAAACGAUUUUAAAUAUUAUAUUUUUAAUGGGAAUGCGUUAAGUCAGAAAUGAAUGAAUAAAAUAAAACUCUAUAUUUUCUAGAAAAUAAAA